ACACUUGACGCACGCCGCGGUUUUUUAAAUCGAAAAAAUAAGGAGAGAAAAAGAAGAAAACGAUGAAGAAAGUCACGUUGCGCUGCCAUGUGCUACACUUUUCGAUGGCUCAACGCGUUCGGGUGGCCCUCGAAAUAUAGAAAAUCGAUAGGCCAAUACAACGACCACAAACUUUAAAUCCAGCGCUCGAUGGGUGAAGAAAAAGAAAUCCGAAUCAUUGUUCUUGAAGAUGGAGAGCACUUGGAAAGUGUUAUAAGAAAAAUUGAGAAAGGUUGGAUAGUUCGAUUCAAGCGCGGCUCUUCACUUCUUGGAAAGAAAGUUAAAGUUUUCACCUCUAUUUGCCCUGGAAAUUCUCUGGAAUGGUCUGAAGGAAAAGACCACUUGGCAGUUUACUGUCAAGUGGAAUGCAAGGAAGCUGGAUCCUUCAGAUAUUGGUUUAAAAUUGAGGAUUCUGAAGAGCGAGGCAGUGGAUACUUCUUGGUGAUGCCAGAGCUGAAGAUCAACGGAAAAUGCCUGCCGCUCGAUGGAAUCGCUUGCCAAACGUACCUCACAAAGCUUCUAGGACCGCUUUCCGAGUGGAAAGAACGACUUGAAGUUGCACAUCAGACAGGAUAUAACAUGAUCCAUUUGACUCCUAUCCAUGAGCUUGGAAUCUCAAAUAGUAGCUAUUCCCUCAGUGAUCAUCAUUCUUUGAUUAAAACCAUCCAGUCGCAGGAUCAAAAGUUCGGAUUUGAAGACGUGCAAGCGCUCGUGGGAGAUCUUGAGCGGUCCUGGAACAUACUCACAGUACAGGAUGUUGUGUGGAAUCACGCAGCAAAGAAUGCCACGUGGCUUCUGGAGCAUCCAGAGUCUGCCUAUAACUGCUUGAAUAGUCCACAUCUUCGGCCAGCAUAUGUAAUUGACAGAGUGUAUCACGAAUUUGGAAAGCAGAUUGGAGAAGGUGUGUGGGAACAUCGUGGUGUUCCACCAGUCGUUGACAAUAUUCACCAUGUAAAUGCAAUCGAGUAUCUUCUGAGAGCAGAAGUUUUGCCAAAGGCCGAUCUUCACGAGUUUUAUCAAGUGGAUUUGAAGGCAAUGGUUAACCUAUUCGAGGUGUUCAUCAAACAAUCUAGUGGUCCCACAACGAACCCGUUGGACGGAGAAGAUGUAGAAAUCGAACAAGAUUUAGAAUGUCGAAGAUUCGGAAACACUGUGGACUUUGAGAGAUCCGCUAGAAUUUUCAAUCGACACCGGGGAGAUGCUAAGUCAGAAGAAGAACGAGUGGAAAAAUGCGUUCGAAGCUUUGAAGAAGCCCUCAAUAACAAAAAUCUCGAAGCCGCUCGCGAGUCAUGGGAAGUGAUUUUAGCCGGCUUGGCAGCAGUGAUGGGAGGAAUCACAUAUGAGCGAAUUGCUGAUAACGGCCCGAAAAAGGGACUUGUAUCUCCGGAAAACCCGUUGACAACUGAUUAUUUUCUGCAUUUGGAGGCAGAUCUCGGGUGGAAAUCAGAAGAGAAAUUCGCAUAUGAUCCAGAAAAGUCAAAGUUUUUAAUGGCUUUUAAUGGAUGGGUUAUGAGCAGUGAUCCGAUGAAGAAUUUUGCGCUGAAAGAAUCUCAGGUUUAUCUCCGCCGUGAGCUCGUCUGCUGGGGUGAUUCCGUAAAGCUAAAUUAUGGAAACAAAGAAGCGGAUAGCCCAUUCCUCUGGCAAUAUAUGAAGGAAUACACGCAACAAGCCGCCCGAAUCUUCCACGGUCUCCGCAUCGACAACGCUCAUGGCACGCCGAUCCACGUGGCUGAAAAGUUACUGAAAACGGCAAGAGAAGUCCGGCCGGAUAUCUAUGUUUUCGCAGAAUUGUUCACCGGAAGUGAGCAUGCCGACAACAUGUUCGUGAACAGAUUAGGAAUCUCGUCUUUAAUUCGAGAAGCUCAAUCGGCACAUGACAGUCACGAGCAGGGACGAUUGGUUUAUAGAUACGGAGGUGACUGUGUAGGGGCGUUCAAGCAAAAAUCGGCUCGCCUGGCUCCAAAAUCGAUUGCUCACGGCUUAUUCUUGGACCAAUCUCAUGACAAUCCGUCACCAAUUCACACUAGAAGCCCAUUCGACAUUCUUCCAACCGCCGCCAUGCUCACAAUGGCUUCUUGUGCUGUAGGUAGUAAUCGAGGUUACGACGAGCUCAUUAGAGAUCACAUCCACGUGGUUUCCGAAAAACGCCCAUAUGCUUCUUGGUGCCGUCCGGAUCAAGUGUCUAGAAGCCAGGGAAUCAUUGAAGGCCGGAAUUUGCUCAACAAGCUUCAUACGUGGCUCGCCGAGCACGGAUAUUCUCAAGUUUUUGUGGAUCAAAUGAAUUCGGAUAUUGUGGGAAUCACGCGGCACAAUCCACGAACCCACGAAACGGUCGUAGUAGUGUCCCAUACUUCAUUUUCCAAGAAUUAUAUCGAUUGGCCCGGCGGUUUGAAGCAUAUUCCCAUUGGUGGAGUGCUGGAAAACGUGAUUUUCGAGAUGAAAUUGAAAAAGGUUCAAGAGGAAUGGGGAACUGAAGAUCCAGAUGUUCUCAUAGGACUUAAAAAUUAUGAGAUGGAAAUUCGAGAAAAUGUGAAUUUGGACAAUGGAACUAUGUUCAAGGUUCAUGAUGGAUACAUUGAGCUCACGAAUUUCCCAACUGGAUCAGUUGUUGGAUUUAAAAUUCGACCAUCUGAUGAAGCAACUAAAGCUUUUAAUAUGAUUCAUAACUCGAUUACUCCAGAACAAUCUGAAUUUGACUCUGCUCUCUCUCGUCUCACAUAUCAAUCAUUCCCAAAUCUUCUAUUCCACUGUGAAUCCGAGGACUAUGCCACGAUACAACAAGGCGGAUACGAUGUUCCGAAUUUCGGAAAAUUCGUCUACUGCGGCCUUCAGGGCCUCGUGCCAGUCCUCGAAAAAAUCCGCGAUGAUAACGACCUCGGGCAUCCAUUGUGCCAAAAUCUCCGUGAUGGGACGUGGAUCUGCGACUAUAUUGUCGGAAGAUUGGCGAAAUUCGAGAAGCUCGGAGAAGUUUCAGAGGCUAUCAGAAAAUUUUUUGCACCGUUGGAUCAUGUGCCUUAUUACCUCCGUCCGUGCUAUUUUGAACUACUCGUUUCUUAUAUUUACGGAAAAAUUCGUAAAGAGGCGUUGAAGAGAAUGGCUCCGCAAAUCUCCUCGUCAUCCGCGUUAGUCCGACACUUGGCCAUCUCAACUCUCUCAUUCCUUGGAUACAUUCCUGGAGCCGGUCUCGCACCGAUUCCGACUUCCCUCCAAAUUGAAGAUCAGUAUCCAUCAAGUUUGGCCGCCGGGCUAUCCCACUUUGCUGUUGGAAUCUGGAGAAAUUGGGGUCGUGACACAUUUAUCGCCUUGCCGGGAUGCCUUUUAUCAACUGGCCGAUUCCAGGAAGCCCGUCAAAUCAUUCUCUCAUUUGCCGGCGCUAUUCGUCAUGGACUCAUACCGAAUCUUCUAGCCGAGGGAAUUGGUGCCAGAUAUAAUUGUAGAGAUGCCACGUGGUUCUGGCUGGUUUCGAUUGUGAAAUACGUGGAAUCGGCGCCAAAUGGAGUCGGGAUUCUUGAGGAUCCAGUGCGCAGAAUCUACCCGAAUGAUGAUAGUGUCUAUGGAGAGGGAGAAGUGCAACAGAUGCUUAUUGAAACUAUUUAUGAGGCACUUGACAAGCAUUUCGCUGGGAUUGACUACAGGGAGAGAAGUGCCGGACCACAAAUCGACGAACAAAUGAGAGAUGAGGGAUUCCAGGUGACCGCCGGCGUCUCUCGCACCACAGGCUUCAUCUACGGCGGUAAUCGCUGGAAUUGUGGAACAUGGAUGGACAAGAUGGGAAGUAGUGAAAGAGCCGGAAAUAAAGGAGAACCCGCGACGCCGAGAGAUGGAGCGGCCGUCGAGCUACAGGGACUUGCCUACAGAGCACUGAAAAGCUUGAAGAAUUGGAAGGAGCAAGGUGUGAUCCAGAGAUCCGGAGUUAGCGACGAGUGGACGUGGGGCUUCUGGGCUCAGAAGAUCCGAGAAAACUUUGAGAAGGAGUUCUUUGUUGAUAAAGAUUCCUAUGCGGAGUUUGUAAAUCGUCGGGAGAUCAUCAAGGAUUCUGUCGGUUCCACACUAGGAUUCACCGACUUCCAGCUUCGUUGCAACUUUGGAAUUGCAUUAGCAGUUGCUCCAGAUCUUAUGGAUCCUAAGAAAGCAUGGAAGGCAUUGGAUUCAGCUGAAGUUCUUCUUGGACCACUUGGAAUGAAGACCCUUGAUCCAACAGAUUGGGCUUACAACGGCUACUACAACAAUGAUGAUGAUGGGACUGACAAGAAGACGGCAAAAGGAUGGAAUUAUCAUCAGGGCCCUGAAUGGCUCUUCGUCGCCGGGUAUUAUCUCCAAGCUCGGCUGAGAAUCGGUGAUAUCCUCGGAGGAUCCGAAAAGCAGUAUGCGAUCCGGCAAGUCCAGGAGCGACUCGGCAAUGCUUACAAGCACAUCAUUUCAUCACCAUGGAGGUCACUACCGGAACUGACAAAUGCUGAUGGAGAAUACUGUAUGCAGAGUUGUGCUGCCCAGGCGUGGUCCGUCGGUUGCCUGAUUGAAGCAUGUGUAAAACUUAAUACUAUCGAGGGAUGAUAUUUUCCUUUUUUUUAGAAUUCAGAAUAUUGCAUGUAUUUCCUUGUUGCAUUUCUAGCUAACUUACCAUUUUUGAUUUUUAAGUUCAACUUUUUAUAUAGCUUUGAGCCAAAGAAAUUUGAAACAAAAUGAUGAAAAAUAAAGUAUUGUACAAAAAAUGGUGA